AUGCUGCUGCUCUUGCCUGCUCUCUUGGCUUCUCUCUCUCUCUGGAGCAUCCCCCGGAGCAGGGCAGCACCAUCCAGCGCCCAUGAGAUCAGCAAGGGGUUGGAAUGGUUGACCCGCUAUGGCUACCUUCCUCAGCCAGACCCGAAGGCAGCCCGUCUUCAGAGCCCGGAAGAACUGAGCAGCGCCGUCAAAACCAUGCAAAGAUUUGCAGGACUGCCUGUGACUGGGAGGAUGGACCAGAAUACCUUGGACAUGAUGAACCAGCCGCGCUGCUCCCUCCCUGACAUCAUCGGCACCUCUGAGUUGAUGCGUCGCCGGCGCAGGAAGAGACGUUAUGCUCUCAGCGACAGUGUCUGGAAAAAGACAGGCUUGACAUGGCACAUUCGUUCCUUCCCCCGCUCCUCCCAGCUAUCCCAUGACCACAUCCGGAAUCUUCUUUACUAUGCCUUCCGGGCCUGGAGCAAUUCCUCAGCCUUGUCCUUCCAGGAAGUACGUUCUACAAAAGCUGACAUUGUGGUGGACUUCAGCCGCUCCUAUCAUGAAGACAGUUAUCCUUUCGAUGGGCCCGGAGGCACCCUGGCCCAUGCUUUUUUCCCUGGGGAACAUCCCAUUUCGGGCAACACCCAUUUUGAUGAUGAAGAGACGUGGAUAUAUGACCCAGAGAACACAUUUUCAGGCCAUGGCACAGAUCUCUUCGCUGUAGCAGUGCACGAAUUUGGCCACGCCUUGGGGCUGGCUCACUCUUCCGUCAAGGGGUCCAUCAUGAUGCCAUAUUACCAGGGGCCUGUUGGGAUUCCUUCCCUGUACCAGCUCCCGCUAGAUGAUGCCAUGGGAAUUGAACAACUCUAUGGUAAGCGUCAUUCUGGUUCCCACCCAGAUCAAGAUGUCCCAGCGUUACCAGUCCCUACAGCACCCCCUAUCCCUGGCCUGCCACCGUACAGGCCCACACAAGGGCCACACCCGUCAUCACCUGAUCGUUGUAAGGCCCAGUUUGAUGCCAUUGCUAACAUUCGUGGGGAAGUUUUCUUCUUCAAGAAGAAACAUUUCUGGAGGUUGCAACCAACCCAGGACCUGGUUUCACUGGAGCCAGCGCAGACAAUGCGGUUCUGGAAUGGACUCCCCCAGGAUUUAAAGGCCAUUGAUGCUGUGUAUGAACGUGUCAAUGACAGUCAAAUUGUAUUCUUCAUCGGGUCGCGCUUCUGGGUUUUCACAGAUACUCGGGUCAAUCCUGGCUACCCCCGGCCUACAUCAGACCUUGGCCUCCCUCCUGGCACUGUUGUCGGUGCUGUUUUUGUGUGGCCUCACAAUGGCAAGACAUAUCUCUUUGAAAAGGACCGGUACUGGCGCUACGAUGAUCGGAUGGGUCAGGUGGAACAAGGAUACCCCAAACCUGUCACCCUUUGGAAAGGGGUCCCUAAUGACCUGGAUGAUAUUACUAGCUGGAACGAGGGCGAGACAUAUUUCUUCAAGGAUACAGAGUUCUGGAAGUUUUCUGGCGGCAGUGUGGAGUCGGAUCCCGGCUACCCACGCUCCAUUUCCCGCCACUGGAUGUAUUGCGAGGGUCCUGCCACUUCCUCUCCUCCAGCCCCGAGGCAUGGGCAGGGGGCAGAGGGGGGGAUGUGUAUCUGCGGGGGGAGUGCCCUGAAGGUAGCCCCACUCCUGGCUUGGAUCCUGGCUUUUCUUUGGGCUGCGUGCUGCUGACCCACCUUAGGCAGCUACAAAAUAACAAUGCACUUUAUAUUCCCAAAGGAAGGGAGCAGCAGGGAGGGAAAGGUGGCAUCCCCCAGGAGCAGCCCCAGACCAAUGACUCUUCCUUCUAUAUUUGUUUUCUCUUCCAUGGUGCUCUCAUGAUAUCUCCCCCUUCCAACCAACUUGGUCCUUCUGAGCCUUCUCUCAUGUCUCCUCUCUCAUUCCUCAGUUCCAUGUUUAAGUAUUUUUAAGAGGUGCUAAGAUUGCCUGCAAACCUAGAAACUCCAAAUCCCAGGUUUGGCAAUGGUCUGAUUUCUCAGGGGUGAAAGAAAUGCACUCUGUACAUGUUCAGAGGUGCUCUUCUUUUUUAUUACGUCGCACAUUGCAAGGCUGAAUUACAGCUCAGAUCAAGCCCUGCCCAGCCAAAAAUCCUCCCUCUAGCAUUAGCUAUCCCAGCUGGUGAUUAGGCUUUCUCUUAUUAUGGACAAAGGGGUUGGGGAGAGAAAUGGUUUAUUCUGUCCUGCAAAUAUGUCACCAAAUAAGGCCCUGCGCUUGGGUGACACUUACUCAAACCAUGAUGCUACUCUGCAACUAGAAUGAUAUGCAUUCACGCAUGCGCAUACAGACAUGGUGCAAACUUGUGGGACAAACCCACAAAUUGGAGCUGUAGAGUAUGCGUUAAAAAACCUCCAGCCCCCUAUCAUAACCGAUUCCAAGUAGCUACAGCAAGGGUGAUGGAGCAGGUUAACUUGGGAUUUAAAACUUGGGGGGUGGGGUGGGAAGCAUACAUCGGAUGGGUAUUGGCCUCC